GUUGGUGCGGGUAAGUGAUGCGCAAACACAUCCGCCUCGACCUCUCUGCGGGAGCGUGUGUGACGUCACUGUGUUAAUCAAGCCCUUAUAAAAGAGGCGGCGAGCGCUGAAGCACCUGAAGCAAGCAAAAGCUCAGCAGCAUCCAGACCAGCAGCGAUGUCUCGCUCCUCCGUGCUCCCCCUGAGCGUCCUGGGACUCCUCGCCCUCUCCUCCGCCUGCUACAUCCAGAACUGCCCCCGGGGAGGCAAGCGAGCCCUGGCCGAGACUGCAGGACUCAGACAGUGCAUGUCAUGCGGGCCCGGGGAAAGAGGCCGCUGUUUCGGCCCCAACAUCUGCUGCGUGGAGGGCUUCGGCUGCCUUCUGGGCUCCCCGGAAACAACACACUGCGUGGAGGAGAACUACCUGCUCACUCCCUGCCAGACCGGGGGGCGACCCUGCGGAUCUGAGGGGGGCCGCUGCGCCGCGUCGGGACUCUGCUGUAACUCCGAGAGCUGUGCAGUGGACUCCUCAUGCCUGGGGGAGUUUGAGGCGGAGGAUCCGGCCCAAACCUCUGCAGGGAGCUCACCUGCAGAGCUCCUUCUGCGCCUUCUCCACGUUGCCACCAGGAGACAGACUGAGUAAUAAAACACUGUGUGCCCCUGCAAAUUACUUAAAUGCCUUUGAGACUGAAAACCUGAAACCAACACGCACUUAAAUCAGUGUUUCCCCAACCUUUAUUGAGUCCCGGCGCAUCGUUUUAAUUCGAAAACUCUCACGGCACACUGCCAAACAAACAAGAGUCACAAAAAGAACUGAAAUAAUGAUGAUCUUGUCUCAAUUUACUCACAGAUUUCGCAACUCAUUGCGAAAUCUGGCCCUUAUGAGUUUGGCAACAGGUGAGUUGUACCUUCUGCCAUCUAGUGGAAGACCAUUGAAUUGUUCUGCCUGUCACUAUAUGCUGCUGGCAUAGCUAGAUGAACAAAGAUCAAUUAUUUGUAGUAAAUAAAUACUUUUGAGACCAAAUAAGUGAAACUGGAAAAGGUUUGUUUGGGAAUCAGCGACUUAAGUCACAUCCACUUAUAUGUACUGUAACUCAAAUAUUGUGUUCUAAUGUCAAAUAAACGCCGGGCACUUUCUCACCCACUCUGAAAUGAACGAUGCCCAUUGAAAAUGUGCCACCGUGUUCAUUAAUGUACAGUAGAUACCGAUGCACUUAUUGUAAACUAACUUUACUCCGCUUCUAAAAAUGAGUUUGAGUACAAUGUUUGAGCAGUUUGUGUAGUAGACGUGUGACCGUUGAAUAAAAAUGGAAUAAAACAAUACAGAGUAUAU